CAUAAAUCUCCUUAGUUUGAACUUCAAAAUAUACGUGUUUCGCCAUUAGAGGAGCUCUCCAGUAGAUUAUUAAUUGUUGUUGAAGAUUGAUAGGGAGCUCAAAGGACACAAAAAAAAUGGGGAAAAUCAAUACUUUAUUAACAAUAAUUUGACUAAUUGCAAAAUUUUAGCCUCGACUUCAGUUCCCUAUAAACCCAAAUUCAACUUAACCCCCUUCUUCUUCUCCUGGAAUCCCGCUCUCUGAUCUACAUUUAGCUUCAUUCUCCAUUAAUUACCCUUAUUAAAAUAUUCCCCAUUGUUUUUCCAUUGUACCCAUGUCUUCUUCUAUUGCCUAUAUGGUUUUUUCAGAUCCACGCUUUCCAUUUGCUUUGCGUACUCUUCAAAAAGCAGUACCUUUCUCCUCUCACGUCUUUUACGUGAGCUUUUUGGCUGUACUCAGUGGCUGAGAUUGGAGAAUAAUUUGUGGCAUUAGGAGAUUUUCGUUCUUCAUUGGAAUCUGAAGAUUUAAGGAAUGGGUGAUUCACCGACUCUUCUGCACUAAGAGUAGGUGAAGGUGCAGGGCUUAAGACAUUCUGCCAGAUUUUGCUUUGUUGGAAGAUGGGAAUUGAUUCUUCAGCAGCAUUUUCUGAUGGAACAAAUUUUAUACUGGUUUUACAGAGCCCCUGAUUUUAUUUGAAAGGAUAAACUGUUACUACACGAAUAAAAUGGAUUAGUUUAAAUGGAUGGAUAUGGUUCAUAUAGCCAAUCCCAUCUAAUUAGGGAUUGAGGAUAGUUGAUUCAUUGAUCGAAUGACGGGUUUUCCAUUGGCUGGCAGUUGACCAAAUCCAGAUACUGCUAGGCUGCUAGCAUUACUUUUCAUUGUACCAAGGAGGAGCAAAGCAGUAUAGACUGUAGGCACCAAUGUUGGAAUUCCAGUUAAUUCAAAUGCACAGUUUUAUGCAAUUUGUUGCACUUAGUAGUACUUGGACUGGUGUAGCAGACUGCUGAUAGAUUGUAGUUGUUGUCGAGGGAAUUCAAAGCUCUUUCUGUGAAUGUUGAAACUGAUUCAUUUUCUUCUUUCUUGAUAAAAGGUUGAUUCAAUGUCCUCUGCGGUUAAGUUGGAAUCUGUGAUCUGUCAGAAUGAUGAGGACCCAGAUUAUACAUCUGUAAAUGGGAAGGUAGCAUUCGCCAAAAGAUUAAAUGUAGUGCGCAAAAUACUCGAGGGAUUUCGUAGGCGAGGAGAUUGGUCGGCUAUCAAAACAUCAAUAGGUGCAGUUCGAAGAGUAGCUAGCAACAGGUAUUCCAAAAGUAAUCAAGCUGUGGAUACGGAAGAAACAAGGGAACAUGGAUCUGGAAGAAAUUCUGGCCCUCUUUUGUCUGGAACUGCAUAUUGUCUUUCUUCUUGUUGUAUGAUCAUGCUGAACAAAAUUGUCCUUUCAAGUUAUUCAUUCAAUGCUGGGGUCUCGUUGAUGUUUUACCAGAAUCUUAUCAGUACUCUUAUAGUUGGUAUAUUGGGUUGCUCUGGAGCAAUUACAGUAGAGAAGCUCAAUUGGAAGCUAAUUAAAGUUUGGAUCCCCGUGAAUUUGAUCUUCAUUGGCAUGCUUGUUUCAGGCAUGUAUAGUUUGAAAUACAUAAAUAUUGCAAUGGUGACAAUUCUGAAGAACGUGACAAAUAUUUUAACAGCACUUGGAGAGCUGUAUAUUUUUGGGAAGCGGCAGAAUCAGAAAGUGUGGACUGCCAUGUUUGUUAUGAUUAUUUCUGCUGUAUCUGGAGGUAUAACAGACCUCUCGUUCGAUGCUACGGGGUAUGCUUGGCAAUCAGUUAAUUGCGUUCUCACUGCAAGCUACUCACUCACAUUGCGACGUGUCAUGGACAGAGCAAAGCAAUUUACAAAAUCUGGAUCUCUUAAUGAAGUAUCCAUGGUGUUACUGAACAAUGGGAUAUCUAUACCUUUUGCUAUCAUCUUGAUCUUCCUGUUUGAUGAAUGGCGUUACGUAAUUAAUGCGGAUGUAAUUAAGAUUCCAAUGUUUUGGGUUGCUGCGACAGCCAGUGGGCUGCUUGGGCUAGCCAUUAGCUUCACAUCAAUGUGGUUUUUGAAACAAACUGGUCCAACCACCUACAGUCUUGUGGGUUCCUUAAACAAGAUUCCCAUUUCUAUUGCUGGCCUUUUGGUGUUCAAAGUUCCUCUCAGUAUCCCAAACUUAUUCAGCAUCCUUUUCGGUCUACUUGCUGGAGUACUUUUCGCCAGGGCUAAGAUGUCUUGACGCUACAAUGUCAUGCCUGUGUAUCAAUAAAACACCAAGGGUUUUCCCUAUAUACAAGUCAUUGUAGGCACUAGGCAGUAGUAACCCAAAGGAAGAUUUCAUAUUAACACUACUUAUUAUAUAUUUGGUUUGUUCAGAUGCUCAUUCAAGUGUAAUGAAGCAUCUAUCAAUUUUGGUUUUUGGGAGCAGUAGUUAUUCAAUUCAGUCAUCUCAACAUCUUUUUCUGGAAUAUAUAUCAAAUACUUCAACUGUAGAAAAGGUUACUACAGAUCAGAAUUGUUAUAGGCUUUAACCAA